UCAGCUGAUCGCUGGACCACUCUGCCAACAGGCUCUUCUCGCAGCUCGGCGGCUGCGAUACCGCUUCUUUUUCCCCUUCCCUUCCCCACCCCUUCCUUCUUUCUCCCCUCCCCACCCCCCCCCCCCCCAGGUCCUCCGCCUGCUUUCCGAGCCCAAGGCUGCGACAGGGAGCCCGGCUGCAGCUGCGCGGGGUCCGCAUCCAAAUGGUUUCCUGGAAGCCUCGCUCUCCGCCGGGAUUUAUGGAGGUGCCGAGAAGCAGCUUUGAGCACUGCAGCCCCCGGCCGCCUCGCCUCGCCCGGCGUCCCGACCUUCGGAUUUAACCAUUCAAGGCUCCCGUGCAUGGAUUGCCCGAACCAGGCACCGCUGCCGGCCGCCGCCGCCGCCGCCCCGUAGGCUCCCGGCCCCCCUUGCCGCCCCCAAGUACUCCACAUACCCCGAUGGGGUAACGUGACGGGGCCACCGCCGUGCCACCACCAUCCCCAUACGCAGAGGCCUUUCUAGAGCGCGGCACCGGAGGCGACAGCCGCUCGCCAUUGCACACGCCGAGGACGCCGACACUACAGCAAAGGGAUUUUUUUUUUUUUUGUAAUUAUUAUUAUUAUUAUUAUCGUUAAUAUUAUUACUACCGUUUGGCUUUCACCCCGGGGGGGGGCUUGCGGUGUGUCGAGGAAGCCGGCGCGCUCCCAGGAGCUGGGAUUAUUUGCACAACGUUUGUACAUUGAGUUCUCGAUCCUGUUUUUGGUGUUUUGUUUUUUUUUUGUUUUUUUUUUUUUUGUUUUGUUUGUUUGUUUUUUAAGCGCAGAGGGGUGUUGGGUUUUCUUUUCCCCUCCACGCCACGCUUUUCUUGGGUUUUUUCCCCCUGCCGCCAUCAGCAUCACCUCUGCGUCACCGUCCUCCCAUCCCACCAUGGCCCGGAUGAACCGCCCUGCGCCGGUGGAGGUCUGCUACAAAAACAUGAGGUUCCUCAUCACCCACAACCCCACCAACGCCACACUCAGCACCUUCUUGGAGGAUCUGAAGAAGUACGGUGCCACCACGGUUGUGCGAGUGUGCGAAGUGACCUACGACAAGACCCCCCUGGAGAAGGACGGCAUCACCGUCAUGGACUGGCCGUUCGAUGACGGAGCGCCUCCUCCCAGCAAGAUCGUGGAAGACUGGCUCAACUUGCUCAAGACCAAGUUCUGCGAAGACCCCGGCUGCUGCGUGGCCGUGCACUGCGUGGCCGGCUUGGGGCGCGCUCCUGUCCUCGUCGCGCUGGCCUUGAUCGAGAGCGGGAUGAAGUACGAAGACGCCAUCCAGUUCAUCCGACAGAAGCGCAGAGGAGCCAUCAACAGCAAGCAGCUGACGUACUUGGAAAAAUACCGACCAAAGCAGAGACUCCGAUUUAAGGACCCUCAUAACCACAAGAACAAAUGCUGCAUCAUGUAACCUCAACGACCUCUUGCCAAAACCCGUGCACACAAACACCCGGGCACUCGCACGCAUCCCCCUCUCUCCUCCCAGCCCCGCGCACCCCACGCACUGCCCCGCUCGCGGACCCAGCUAAUAGGGGUUGGGGUUUUGGGGGACAUGGAGCACCCCCGAUGUGUGCCGGCACCCGGAGCACGCUCACCUUGCCGAAUCCCCCCCAAAAAAGGAUGCUCGGUCCAGCCACAGCCCCGAGGAGGGAAGGCGGUGCUGCCCUUUGACUCUCGGCGCUACCAGGCAAUGAGUUCCCGUGGUGCCGGUUCUUUGUCGCCUUCCUCCUCCUCUUCCUCCUCCCUUUCCCCUCUUGUUGCACUGAGAGCAAGUCCCGGCGUGAGGAGGGAUGGAUGGGCACGGGGGCACUUGGUUUUGGGGGGAUGCAGGCCGGGCUGUGCCAGCCAAGGAGGGAUGGGGAGCAGGAGGGCUGGGGCACCCCAAAAAAAAACCCUUUCCCACCUCUUCCCUAAAAAUAAGGGCUGCAGCAGCAGGGAUAAAGGUGGUGAUGGCAGGGAGGGAAGAAGGGGGCUCGUAGCAUGGUGCUGGCCCUAUGGCCAUGGGAAAGGCUGAGCGAAGUCCCCCCAGCACCAUUCCCUUUCUCCUGCCCCCUUCUCCAUCACCAACUCCCUGUGGGGCUUGCGGGGGGCUUGCUGCCCCUCCGGGUCCCGCAGGGCUGCAGCGAAGGCAGGGGCACCAGGAAAUUCGGGGAUCGUGGCAGGGCUUUGAGGCACCCAGCUUUUGGGGAUGUAGGGUCAGCGCUGGGUCCCUCCAGGUGCGGGGUGCUCUUAUUUAUGGCUUCCAAACUCAAAGUAGAGGGUGGUGGUUUCUCUCUCCCCAUGUCCCCCCAGCUGAGCUCACAGCGAUGCUGCAGCACCGAGCGUGUGCUCAGCAUCUUUCCCAUUGCAUCCCCAAGCCACGGAGCAAACCCAAAUUCUGCACGUGAUGCCCUGGGAACAUAAAGUGUAUCUCGGGGCACAUCCACAUCCUCCAGCACUGAGUUUGCUGGCCGAAGUGCCAGGCUGCAGUUUUCCUGGUGGAUUUGGAGUGCCCCUGGCAAGAGCGCGUCACCAGAUUUUGCACCUGCCUUUCCCCCCUCCUCCUCCGUGGCAUCUGCACCAUGUGCGCUUGGCACCCCAAAAAACCUUGGUGCGUGCCAUGGGGUGUGUGCAGAGCUGCCCCCGAGCCGGGACGUGAAACAUCUCUCAACUUUCUGCCUUUGAACGCUUGCAGCAGCGGGAGCGGUGGGCACAUAGGGGGCACGGGGGUAGUUUUUUUUCUUUUGAUGAGGGUAAGAAGAGAUUUGCUAAUUAAAGGAAAAAAAAAAAAAGUUUGUCUUCCGCACGUCCUCUGGCCUUUCUUUCUCCCAUCGCUGCCCUGCAGAGCCCAGGAGGUGACCCACAGCCCCCCAGGCUCAUCCUCAGCGCUGUCACCAGGGCGUACAUGUGGCCCCAAGGGAUGCUCCAGGGCUUCUGUGGGCUUGCAGUUGCCCACCCCUCAGCUGCAGAGAGCCAAAGAUGUUGGGGCGAGGUGGGCUGGUCAUCCAGCAUCUCGUGGUUUUGGUCUACCCAACUGGAGAUGCCUUCAGCGCCCUGCGUUGGGCAUCUCCAAAGGUUUGUUGGGCAUCUCCAGAGGUUUGUGGGCCUUCUGAAAUGCAGACAAUCCGGAAAUAAUUGCUUCAGAGGGUUAGUCUCUUGGGAUAAGCAGCGAUGAAGGCUGGUUAGACACCUCAGGUACCUGCAGAGGGAUAGGGGAUGGCUUUGUGCCACCAGACGUGGAGAUGACCAAGGAUGACCUUGGAGCGCUUGCCAGCACCGCUCCUGCUCUCCUGCUGAGAGCCAGCCCCAACCCAUGGCACGUAGCUCCCCUCCUGGGGACAUUCGUGGGGCCAAGCAAAGUGGUCCCUUGGGGUGGGACAGAACAUGGGGUGGGACAGCCCACAAUCCCUUGGGUUUCUCUACCCCUUUCCAGGCUGUCGGUGCCCAGAUCUCACGGGGAAGGCGGUGGUGGUUGAAGGGUGAUAAAGCAGGCUGAUAAAAGGGCCUGAUCCCUCUCAGUAGGUCACCAUCCCAUUCCUGCUGAUUUUCCCGAUCACGUCCUGCUGCUAAAAUAGGUGCCGCUUCGUCCCUGAAGGUGUUAGGAGGGGGCUCGGCACUGCAACCAGGGUGGCCCCAAUCCCCCUUGGACCUGUGGAAGGUUUAGGAUAAGACUGGGAACCACCACUGAGGGCACAGAGGUGUUUCUGCCCUGGCAAAGGGAGGAGAAAUGUUCUCACCCAUGCUCACAGGAGCACUGCACACCAGAUUGCCUGGGGCAAGAUUUCGGGGGCAACGCAGGGGGACAGGCUUGGCGGCGCUUCUUCGCUUCAGGUAGCAUCCACCCAACACCUUAAAAAUAGGGAGAUUUUAGUGUUAAGAGCAGUCCUUGACCUGGAAAAAUCUACGUGGCUAAAUCCUGAGCACCCCUGGCUGGCAGAGCAACGCCUUGAUGUCCUCCAGUUUUGUGAGUCACUGCGAAAGAAACCAUGCUGCUUUAAUUGCCCUACUUUUUUCUUCUUUUUUCCCUUUUUUGUCCUUUUCUUUUUUUUUUCUUUUUGAAUGGAUGUGUUUGCCCAUCCCAGAACUUGCUGUCACCUCCCACAUGCUGCUCCGUGGACAGGACACCCAGGAGCUGCCACCCUUGCAUGGAGGGUUUGAAACCUCUCCGAGGUUUCUCCAUGUUGGACUGCCAAACGUUUGGAACGUCUUUUUUUUUUUUUUUUUUUUUUUUUUUUUUAGGAAUUGGGCUCCUACCUCUGAGGUACCAGCUCCUCAGAGCCAGCACAGAGCCAGUUACAGAAACAACAGGCUAUGGGAAUGGAAGGGUCUUCCAAUUGGGUUUUGGGUAAGAAAUCUCAAAGAAUCCAGUUCUUUCCAUGUCUCAGGACAGUAACAGGGAAAGUUGGAGCUCAGUAGACUUGCAGUGCCUGAGCAAGUCCUGAGUGACCAGGCGCUCAUAGCUUGGGCUGAUUUUGGGGUCCCUCUUUACGGUAAUCUAAUCCCUGUUUCACCUCAGAUGCUGAGACAUGUUGAAAGGAGAGAUGUAGAAAAUCUGACACGUUUACCAGUUCUGUUGCUGCUUCAGUUGUCUCCCCCGGGUCUUGCAGAAGUCAUAGGGAAUGCACACCCUGUGGCUUUGGCUGCAAGCAAACCACGUUAGCCUGCCCUUAUCUGCAGAGGCAAAGGUACAAAUUGGGUUUUAGCCUUCUGCACCCCUAUCCCCCUUCCAUGGAAACCCCCCAUCUGUCCAGCAUCCGCAGGGACUCAUCUCCAAACCACCCGCAAGGUCUCCAGAGACCCAAGUGAUGGCAAAACCAUCAAGCUAAGAGCUCGUAGGCUUUGCCCAGGAGUAAAUCAUGGCUGAACGUCAUACAGGGGAUAAAUCUGAGCAGGAAUUCAUGGUUGGAAGGAGGACAACGUGGCCAUUAAAAAUGGGCAGAUCUUUGUUUAGGGAAGGUCUGGUGGCAGUCUUUGUAUUUCUAAAUUCAUAUUCUGAGUCUUGCAGCUUGGGCUGAGAGCAUCGGAUGAGGUUAUGAGUAACAGAUUCUCCAAGGAUGCAAAGGGUCUUGCUCUAUCUACAACAGAACGAGUCAAUUUAUUUUAUUUUAUUUCUCUUGGGUUUGUUUGUUGUUUUUUUUUAUUGGUCCCAGUGGGGAAGCACCCGGGGAGAUUCGUGACUUCCAUGCAGUUUCCAGGGGCUUCUAUCUCAUUUCCUUCCAGCGGGCAGGGUAGGUGCAGUUCAGUGGGUGGCUUUGGAUGGGAUGCUGGCUGGUGGGAGAAAAAUGGGGCCAAUUUCUUUACACAGUGGGGGUCACGGGCCCGUUAUGAUCCCGCUCACAGGCCCCAGUAGACAUUCCUGGGGAGGGGGGCAUUUUGCCGCACUCGGCUUCCCUUUAGACGACAAUCUCCAAAUAAACCCGCGACUUCCCCACUGUUUCUUUCUGUGUAACAAAGGACUGCAUAUUUUCCUUUUUAACUCCGUGGGCAAUCGUAGUAGUAUGUAGAUUAAGCCCAGAUGGGUUUUUUUUAUUUUUUUUUUCAGUCUGAGCCAUAGCUAAGUUAUUAUACCCAAUGCUUUUUGUAUCAGAUGGCGUCACUUUAAAUAUGCAGAUGAGGUAUAGGAUCUCAACACUUUAUAACCUUUUUAAAAAAGAAACUUGUCUGUUUACUUAUGUCUUCUGUAAAAAGGAAAAAAAAAUGUAUGCCUUUUAGUUAUCACUUUUUUUUUUUUUUUUUUGAGUUUUAUGAAAUUACAGUGGUUUCACUCCAGCAGCGGCGAAAUAAAAAGCGUUUCACUGUUUUGUA